ACAGGGCCGCUGUGUUCCAUUCCAUCACCACCAGUCCGAGCAGUCUUUAGGGUUUAGUCAUAUGUUAGCUUUCGAAUAGGCAGGCUAGUAACCGCGAAGGCCGUUUCUGCUGGAGUGAUGCCAUCGGCAGUGGUCUCCGGUUAUCCCAACAUGGCGACAACAGAAGUCGAGGCAGCGCAGCAGCGCGCUGUAGCGCUGUCCAUGUUCCGCCAGUGGAUCAUCAACGCACUUAUGUCCAAGUCUAGAGGCGACGGCGCCGCGUAUUGGCGGCUUCUUCAAGAAAUCGACCAGAUUCGCGCCGAUCCAGCAAAGCUGAGGGUGUUCUCGCAGUGCGUGUCCUACUUCGACCCCGACGUGCACGAGGCGCUGCUCAUCCAGUUGCUGGGUGUCAGUCUUUGGACGUGCAACUCAGACGUGGCGGGGGCCAUCAUUGACUUUUGUGCUAACCUGGCGUCGGCCAACAGCGCGUGUCUGCCGUUCGCGCUGGACAUCCUCGUGCGCAACCUCAUGCCGCCCUCCUCCGGCGUGCCCGCCUUCAUGGGCGUGCAGCCCGCCAAGCCGCCUGCUGCUCCCGCCCAACCAGGCGGGCUGGCGGGGGGCGCGGGCGCGGUGGCGGCGAUUUUGGCAGCGAAGGCGCGCAAGGGGGAGGAGCUGCGGCGGCAGGGCGAGGUGGUGCAGUGGGUGGUGGGCGCCGUGGCGCGCAUCUCCCGCCUCGUGCCCACUGCCUCCUCACGCCUGCUGCCCCUCGUGCUGCAGCGCCUGCCGCACAAGCGCGUGGAGAAGGAGUUCCAGUGCGUGUACGUGGCGGGCAUGUUCGCGCUGGCAGAGGCGGAGGAGGGCGAGACGGUGCGAGACGGCUUCCUGGCGGCCGUGGUGGACCACCUCAUUCAGAUGGAUGUGGAAAUUCGGUGGGAGGACAUUGCAGCGGACCCAGCUGUGGUUGGAUCAACAGAUGCACCGAGUUCAACCGACGCCGCAGCAGCGGGGGCAGCCUCAGCAGCAGCGGCGGGGGCAGCAGCUGCGCGGGGUGCGAGUCGGGUGUACAUGUUCCACAUGGACCUCGACGACGCCGCUGCUGCCGCCCACCACGCCGCCCUCUCUGCUGCCGCUGACGGCGCUGCUCCAGAGGCUGGCGUGCCAGGUAGCGAGGCCCGCCAUGGCCUGCUGCCAUGCCCUGCUGCUGGAGCUGCUGCUGCUGGCGGCAGUGAGAGGGGCGGUGGUGGCAGCAGCGUUGGCGGUGGCACGGUGGCGGGCGCGGGCGCGGGUGUGGACGAGAUGGCGGCGAAGAUGGACGCGCUGAUGGACCUCACCUUCCAGCACAUCCUCACCCGCUCCAACGCCAACCAGCUGCCCCAGGUCUACGAAGCUUUGAUUCGUUCGUUUGACUCAACAAUACUUGACACAUACAAGUCCAAAUUUACCCAGUUCCUGCUCUUCUUCACCUGCUCCCUCAGCCCUGCAACCCUGGCUGUUGCCUUCGCCUCUCAUCUCACCGACAUCCUCACAUCGCCCUCUCGCUCCAUCAACUCAAGGAUGUCUGCUGCAGCAUACCUCGCCAGUUUCCUCGCGCGCGCCUCCUUCAUUCCACUCAUGCACAUCUUGUCCGCCCUCACUCGCGUGGUCGAGUGGUGCCUGGCGCACUCGCACACCCGCCACCGAGAUGCGCCCCCUGGCAGCAGUGGCGCCAGCUGCAGCAGCAAGGGGGGUGCGGGCAGCAGCAGCAGAGGGCGAGAGGGGAGCCAGAGCAGGGCUGAGAGGGCCGCCCCGUCGCCUAGAGCAAGCAGGGGUGGGGGUGGCACAGGCAACCCCGAGUCUCCCCACUCACACACCUUGGCGCCCUCGCUGCAGGACCAGAUCUUCUAUGCCGCAUGCCAGGCGGUGCUGUACGUGCUGUGCUACCGCAUGCAGCACCUGGCAGCGGACUCACAGGCCAACGCGGCCCUCCAUGCCAUGCCCCUCACACAGCUCGUCUCCUCCCACCUUCAACCCCUCUCGGUGUGUCUGGAGUCGGUGGUGUUUGAGUUCAGCCGGCAGGCCAGGCUUCUGGGGCUGCUGGACUGCGAUGCCAUCCGGGCGGCGCAGCAGCAAGGGGAGCAGACCAGCGCACAGGGUGGCAAGGAAGACAGGGGCGAGAGGGCAGCGGCCCGGUUUGGAGGGGAGAACGAGCUGGACAUGUUCUUCCCCUUCGACCCCUACCUGCUGCACCACUCCCUCAGGUUCAUCCAGCCGAUAUUCAACCAAUGGACUCAGCCGUUUGCAGAUGAGCUGGCGGCAGCAGAGGAUGAGGAAACGGAUAGUGACGAGGAGGAGGAGGAAGAGGACACAGACGACGAGGAUGAGGAGGAGGGGUCGUCCUCGGAGGGUGAGGACAGCGCAGCGGAGCGCCUGGGAAUGAGCUUCAGCGCCAGCGAUGCGUCACCGGCGGACCACCUCAUGGAGCAGGGGCUGCGCGCACGGGGGAGAGCAACGGCAUGCCAGGGCAGAGGGGGAGGGAGAGGGGGAGGGAGAGGGAGAGGGCGGGGUGGGCAAGGAGUGGUGCAUGAGGAGAGCGACUCGGAGGACGAACAUGAGGUGGACGCCAUGUCCUUCACACCGCCUGCACAUGCCCCUCUGCCACCCCGCCUCCCUGGAAAGCUCCCCUCAAGGCUGCGGUGACCAAAGAAGGCAUAUGCCACAGCAAAUCUGUCCCACUUUCACGCAUAGGUUACUACUUGCGCUUGCUCCGUGCUGUGGAAAACUCUUGUGCUCUUAAGAAAAGCGGUAGUGCAAAAAUUGUUUCCUCCAAAUAAGUCCCCAUUGUUCACUAGCUGCCCUAAGUGAUUGUCAAUAAACAUAUUUCUAUCAA